AUGAAGCUUUCUUCGUUUGUUACUGCAGUCGCAUUGGUCGCUGCUCAAGCUUCAGCCCACCCCGGAGGCCACCACGUCCCUCAAUCUGAGCUGGCGCGCCGCUCGCACCUUUCCAAACGUUGUGCAAGCGCCGUGGGAAGUCUGAACGAAAAGCGUUACAACACUCGCGCAAAAGCAAAGCGUGAUCUCGCCGCACGCUCUGGCAACACCACUUACCAGAUCACCACCGAGGCUCCGUACUACGAUGUCAUCCAGAACGAUACUUGCGUGCUGAGCCCAGAGGUGACCGAGGGUCCUUAUGUGUGGCCGAGAUCCCAAACGCUCCGCCAGGACAUGGCCGAGGAUCAGCCCGGCGUGCCGCUGUGGCUCGACGUCGGGCUCAUCGAUAUGGCGACCUGCGAGCCGCUUCCGAACGCUCUCAUCUCGUUCUGGCACUGCAACGCCACGGGCAGCUAUUCCAGCUUUACCGGACUGUCUCCCAACACCGGCUUCCCCUUCCUCCUGCAGGAGCUGAACAUCACCGAUUUCGAGAUCGGCGUGACCGACUUGCACACCGAUGACACUACCUGGCUGCGCGGCAUGUGGCCGACCAACGAGAACGGCAUGAUGGAGAUGAGGACCAUCUUCCCCGGCUUCUACGUCGAGCGCGCCAUCCACAUUCACGCUCAAGUUUACACCGACUGGACUCUUCAUGCUAAUGGCACCGUUACCUCGGGGAACAUUGUCUCCACGGGACAGCUGUACUUUGAAGAGGCUCUUGAGCAGCAGAUCAUGGCCCUGGAGCCGUAUUCUUUCCACACGGAGAUUAACCGUACCACCAACGCCGCUGAUUCGGUCUUCGAUCAGGAUACGGUGGGCGGGUACAACCCCGUCAUCAGCGUUGUUCCUUUGGAUGGCGAGAAUGUCGAAAAUGGCAUGGUUGGCUACAUCACCAUUGGAGUUGAUACGACUGCGAUUGAAAAUUGA